AUGGGGAAGGUUAAGGUUCACUCGGGGCUGCAGCUGCAGGUGAUGAUACUUUACAAAAAGGUGUUGCAGGCAGCCAAGAGAAAGGACAUUGAUACGUUGCAAUACGUGCGUGAGCGCUUUCGCGAGGAUGUGACAACAGUAGACCGCAAGGAUUUUGCCGUGAUAGAGUAUAUGUUGCGCAACGGUGAACGCGACCUCAAGAUGCUAGAUAGAAUGAAGUCGGUGCAUUUUACGAAUGUGUCGCCCCAGAAGUAG